GAAGUAUUCCGAGUUCAGAAGAAGGUGUGGUUGAUAGAAACGCUUGUGUACGGACAUUUGGAAACUGCUGUGAACAUGUAUUAAACCUUCGGAUCAAAAACUGUGAAUAUUUCAUGGUCUAUUGCUUCCUGGACUUACACCCUUCCUGUCAUAGCAGAUUCUGUUUUGAUGUUGAUCUAAGUGUUGAAACAACAACGACUACAACAACAACAAGUUCUACCACUCCGUCGACCACAACUACCACUACCACCACCACAACAACACCUACAUUACCGCCUUCAACAACAGUAACAACUAAAGAAACAACCACUGGUGGACAGGAUUCACCAUACGAUAACAUCCCUUGUAGAGGAAAAUACACAAAUGAGAACAAAGAAACUGUGGUUGCAUUGGCUGUGCUGUUGGUGAUUAGUGUAAUUGCACUUGGCGUUUUGGGAUUUGUGUUAUAUAAAACGAAAAGAAUGCCGGAAGCUGCAUAUGUGAUUGAGAACCCUCCACCAUACGAAAAAUACAAGAUCAGUGACAACAAGGAUAUUUAAUGUGUUUGUGAGAAUAUUCUUGCACGCAUGAUUAUGCCUAGUUGUGUCGAUUUGGACUUGUUUGGUAUAGAAUUAAUAGAACAUACUAGAUAUUAUUAUUUCUUUCGACAGAAAAACACAAUUCAAUUGAGUGGGCGCAUAAUAUAUGGUGUUUGCGAGAAGACGUAAAUUGUUUUAUUUAAAGCAGUUUACUGACACGUUGAAUCCACGAGAAAUUUUAUACCUUAUUGGAAACUUAGUGUAUGAAGUUUCGGGUAUAAUUCUUCAAAAGUUUCUAUAUGGUUAUUGUUUUAUCAAACACGAAGGUGAUUGUUUAAAGGGACAAUAAACAUAUACCUGUG